GUCUCUUCACGUGCGAGAAAGUUCCCUAUACCACUGGCUUCUCGGCUGUCUUGCCGUCGGUCGCUGCUCAGGUUCUAGGUUGUAGAACUAAGGUUUCUACCAGGUCCUCUCUUCGGUAGCAAAAAGGCUAUUCCCUAGUUCGGUUCCAGCUUGCAACUAUACAUGUUACAACUCCUCCUCGUGCUUGCGUGCUCCUUGCACCGCGUCAAACCUGCAUACUAAUAACAACAUCAUAAUCAGCAUCACCUUGUCAAUACCUGAUUCUGGCCAGUCGGAAGUCGGGACAGGCACACUCCUCACUCAUCUCACCAAUGUGCUAGACCUGGAGCUAGAGCUCGAGCGAGACGCGUCGCCGCAAAAAUUCGCUACCUCCCACCCGACUGCCUGUCACUGCCGACUGGACUGGCGGGUGAGAUUCUUUCUUCACUUCCACUUCUUGCCUGUUGUGGCACACAGAGACCCAGGUGCCUACCUUACCUUCCCCGGCUAGAAGUACCUACUCGACUCUCACUGGCAGGGCAGGCACGACCGUCUCACUCUGCCGUCAUGUCCUCUCUUCACCUGCUCAAGAAGCGGAGAAUGUCUUCACAACAACAACAACAACAACAACAACACCUCCACCACCACCUCCACCACCAAGAAGACGCCACGCGCAAUGCCAAUGGAGACGCCGACGACUCCUCUGCCCUCGACAACACUUCCUCUGCUCCCGCUACCAAGUCUCGGCCCCGCACUUUCUCGACCACAUCGUCCAUACAUGGUAACAGCUUGCCGAGUAGAUCACAUAUCCUGACCCAAAAUCAUGGCCCUCAUCAAGAUGUGCACUAUUCGUCUGCCGGCGUCCGCGAACAGACUGCAGAACUCUCGUCGUCCUUUCUGAGCGAUUCUGACAUGGCAAAGCAUUUUCACGGCCGUGAACACGAGAACAGCAUACAAGACCAAUCACGCCGUUCGUCCGUGCAUGAUCGCGUUCACGGACCUAUCCAUGAGCAGUCCGAGCCCGUAACACCAGAGGAGACUUCUAAGCAUCGGGCCUCAGACUUCCGAGGAUUAGCCAACGGUGACGCCUUCCUGAUAUAUAACGAGGAUGGAUCACUAUCGUCUCCCGGCACUAAGCCUCAUCGGCGACCGAGCCGCAUCCCAGAAGUUGUGAUAAACGAUGAGGACGAGGAUGACAUGCGCGUUGGGGAGCGCGCGCCACUUCUCCCACGCGAAAGGCUGCCCUCAAGCCGGAAGCAGCAGUAUGGAUCUGCUGGAGAGCUCGAGGGCCAGCCGACCGAUCAGAAGAGCAGCAGCAGUAUAGCCAUGUGGGAUCGACUGGGCCAUCACUGUCCAUCCUUCCAUGCUGCUGCCACGCGUGGGGCGAGGAUAAUGUCAAAUCCGAAAUCCUGGAACCCUCGAAUGAUAUAUCAGACUGUGCUCGUCCGACCUGCCAGAACUCUACCAGCUGUUUUCUUGGGACUGUUGCUGAACCUGCUUGAUGCGUUGUCAUAUGGGAUCAUCCUUUUCCCGCUUGGCGAGGAGACCUUCUCCCAGAUGGGCGCUGACGGUGUGUCCAUGUUCUACGUCAGCUGCAUUGUAUCACAGCUGGUAUACUCUACCGGGAGUAUCUUUCGAGGCGGUGUUGGCUCCGAAAUGAUUGAAGUUGUUCCAUUCUUCCACAAGAUGACGUAUAUGAUCAUAGCGCAGAUGGGAACGGAGAACCCAGAUGCCCUCCGAGCGACUGUCAUCACUUCAUAUGCCAUGAGCUCAAUCCUCACUGGUAUGGUCUUUUUUGGGCUGGGUGCGGCAAGACUUGGAAGCUUGGUUUCGUUCUUCCCGCACUCCAUUCUGGUCGGCUGCAUCGGAGGCGUGGGCAUUUUUUUGAUCCUGACCGGGCUCGAAGUCUCCGUUCGACUGGAUUCCAAUCUGGCAUUCACAAAGGAAGUCUUCUUCAAGCUCAUCGCGCCGAUGAGUAUUGCCCAGUGGCUACCGCCUCUCGCAUUAGCGGUGCUCUUGCUGGUCAUCAAGCGAUACUACGACAGGCCGUUCUUGGUGCCAGCCUACUACAUCGCCAUCACUGUCCUCUUCUAUAUUAUUACGAUCGCCGUUCCUUCGCUCAAUAUGGAGAUCCUUCGUGAGGCGGGAUGGGUCUUUGCAAGCCCGGCUGCGGACAAGACUUUUUACAACUUCUACAGCUACUACCGAUUCGGCAUCGUAGAUUGGAAAGCUGUCGCCAUGACGAUCCCUUCGCAGUUUGCAUUAACGUUCUUUGGCAUUCUGCAUGUGCCCAUCAAUAUUCCCAACUUGGCCAUGAAGAUGCAAGAAGACAAUGUGAGUAUCAGCCACGAACUGAUCAUGCAUGGUAUUUCGAAUACUCUCUCGGGAUGCGUCGGCAGCAUUCAGAACUAUCUGGUGUACGUCAACAGCGUGCUCUUCGUGGAUACUGGAGGCGACUCACGACUUGCUGGAUAUAUGCUCGCAGCAGCAACUGCAGUCCUCUGGGUCAUCGGUCCCGCUGUGAUUGGCUACGUACCUGUCCUGGUAGUCGGGACUCUCAUCUAUUACCUGGGUAUCGACCUGGCCAAGGAGGCUCUCUGGGACACCCGCGGACGUCUGGGUUUGUUGGAAUACCUCACCAUCUUCGUCAUUGCCUUCGUGAUGGGUCUAUACGACUUUGUUGUCGGAGUUGCGAUCGGAAUUGGCCUGGCAUGUCUAGUUUACGUGGUGCAGACUUCUCGCAAGUCAGUCAUUCGUGCCGAGUUCUCGGGAGAGAUUGCAGAGUCCACCGUCCGCCGUCAUCCAAGACAACGAGCAUACCUGCAUCGCGUUGGCCCGCAGAUCCGUAUCGUCAAAAUCGCGGGCUACCUCUUCUUCGGCAGUAUAGUAAACGUCGAGAAACGGGUACGUGCCACCAUUGAGGCAGAGACGUUUGCUCAGACACCGAUCCGCUACCUGAUCCUGGAUUUCUCGCAUGUCACCGGCAUCGACUUCUCGGCAGCCGAAGCAUUUGGCCGAAUGCAUCGUAUCCUCAGACGCAGAGAUGUUGAGAUGGUCAUUGCAGGUGUCAAUCUCGAAGAUGAUGUAGGCCGCAGUCUACAAAUGGACGGGCUCUUCGAAGAGAGCGACGAAACGCCACCACCAAAAGUAUUUGAAACCCUCAACGGCGCUCUCGAAUCAUGCGAAAAUGCUCUCCUCAUCACGUUGACAGAGAAGCAAUCUCAAGGACUGACAGCCGGCGGGGAGUCCCCACCAAUGCGAAUUCAGAAUAUCCCUUCCAAGGACAACAACAACAACUGCAGCAGCAGCGCCGACAACGAUAACUCCAAGCCAGACAACACCUCCCACAAUCUCUCGAAACUAGACUCGCUCAUCGGCUCUCCGCGCCUCUCCGCGCGCCACGAAGCUGCAGCGGCAACCAUGUCCGAAAACAACCACACGGUUCAACAACACGCCAAAUGGUCCAACCUCAAACAACCCCUACCCCUCAUCCUGCAAGCCUUCCAAGAUCUCACCACUCGCACCGAAGACUUCUGGUUCCGCGCGCUCCCCUUCUUCACGCCCAUGCACUUCUCCCAAGGUCAGCUCCUCUACUCCAAGGGCGACCCCCCGGACGGCUUCUACAUCCUCCAAUCUGGACUCCUUCGAGCAGAAUACACCCUCGAACAAGGCCACUACCACGAAUCCAUUGUCGCAGGGACGACAUGCGGGGAACUUCCCUUUUUCAGUGAAACCAAGAGGACAUGCUCGGUGUACGCGGAAAGGGAAAGUGUGGCGUGGUUGUUGACACCAGAGAAAUGGGAAGAAUUACAAAAGAGAGAUGAUUUGAAGGAUCUGGCACGGGAGUUCUUGAAGGUGGGGUUGAAGUUGAGUGCCGAGAGGAUGAAUGCUAUUACCAGUUAUGUGUUGAUUACGGCUUCAUGAGGGAGGGGAUGGGAUGGCAAUCAGGAUGAAGAUGAACAUGAAGAUGAGGAUGAGGAUGAGGCCAAUGAAGAAAGAAUGGAAGGACAGACUGGUCCAAAAGAGUUCCUUCGAUCUUCUGCUUGGACAGGUAUAGGGCAUUUCAGAGCCAGGCAGGGCAGGGCAGUCGGAAGGAAAAGUCCUGUAUAAGUGUGACUGUUGUCGCUUACUCCGCUGCUGCCGAUGCUGCCGCUGUUGUCGUGGCUGCUAUUUUCGUCAUCAUUGUCAUGGGUACUGUCAGUAAAAACAGCGAGGCGUUGUAGGCAGCAUAGCAUGCUUUUGUAUUUUGUAUUUUGUUUUUCUUCCUUUGUUUUCAGACUGAUAAGAGUAGUUGUAGUACUAUUAGUAGUAGUAGCAGUAGUAUAGUAUCAUUGUAGCAUUUUGCUAUAAUAUAUAUACACCGUC